UAAAGGGUGGAGUCGAAAUCUGAAAACACAGACGGAGGCUGAUGUGAUGUUUGGUGGGAUGAAGACGAUCUGAGGAAGAGGAGCUUGGUCCUCCUUCAGCCGCUGCAGAGGAACAAUGGGCUCUUCAAAGAAGAAAUGUAAAAGACAAAGCAAAGUGAGAACUCAGCGAUCUCAGGAUGAUAAGGCUUCCCCAGCAACAAACAAAGACAAAUCACACCCCUGCAAAGAAUGUGGAAAGACUUUUCCCACUGCAAAACAGCUCAGAAACCACCAACGCAUCCACUCUGGAGUGAAACCCUUGAGCUGUGAGCACUGUGAAAAGGCUUUUAUCACAGCAGCAGCUCUAAGAAUUCACACACGUAUUCACACUGGAGAAAAACCCUUCAGCUGUGACCAGUGUCAAAAGACCUUUCGUCACACAUCUGCCCUCACGGUACACAAGCGCACCCACACUGGAGAAAAACCAUAUCCCUGUGAUCAAUGUGAGAAAGCUUUCCCAGUUUUUUGUGCUUUAAAAGAACACCAGAACACCCACACUGGAAGGAGACCGUACUCUUGUGGUCAGUGUGGAAAGUCAUUUAAUCAUAUAGCAGCCUUGAAAAGACACCUGCGCAUCCACACUGGAGAGAAGCCGUACACCUGUGAGGAGUGUGGCAAGUCCUUCAGUUUACUCAACUACCUGAAGGUACAUAAGAGAGCUCACACUGGAGAAAAAAGGUUCUGGUGUGAUGAGUGUGGGAAAGGAUUCACAAAACAAAAUAGUCUCAGAGAACACCAGAACAGCCAUGCUGGGAAAAAACAACAUUCCUGUGACCAGUGUGGAAAAGCUUUCUGUUGGACAGCCAGCCUCAAAGCACAUAAGAAAAUACAUGAAAAUGUGAAACAGUACCUGUGUGAGAUAUGUGGAAAAGCUUUCCUCUUGAAAGGAAAUCUAAAGAAACACAGUAAACUUCAUACAAGGGCGAAGCGUUACUCUUGUGACCAGUGCGAGGAAGCUUUCACUUCAUCAGCUGAGCUCAGAAGGCACCAGUGCGUCCACUUUGGUGAUAAAGUAUACCGCUGUGAUAAGUGUGAGAAAGGAUUCACACAGUCCGGCAACCUCAAAAUUCAUCUACGCACUCACACUGGAGAAAAACCAUACAAGUGUACCCAGUGUGAAAGAGCUUAUGCCAAAAAACGUAGCUUAGCAGUGCACCUAGUUGCCCACUCUGGAGUGAAACUACACUCCUGUGAUGAAUGUGGGAAGGAGUUUGCUCAUUUGGCAUACUUGAAGAGGCAUGAGCUCGUUCACAGUGGAGUGAAGGCACACAGCUGUGAGCUGUGUGGAAAGGCUUUUGUCAGCAAGAGUAACUUAAAAAAUCAUCAACGCAGGCAUACUGGAGUGAAACCAUACAAGUGUGAUAAGUGUGGGAAAGCUUUUUCCUCCAAGCAAGUCUUAACUCUCCAUCAGCAUGCCCACUCUGGACUCAAGCCAUAUCGCUGCGACCUUUGUGGAAAAAACUUCAGUCAGAAAGUGACCCUGAAAAGACACCGACGAAUGCACACGGGAGAGGAUCUGUACUGCUGUGAAGUAUGUGGUAGAUGUUUUCCUUUGUAUUCUGGAUUAGAAGCCCACAAAGUUACACACACAGGGGGGAAACCGCAUCGCUGUGAACAGUGUGGGAAAGCUUACAGCCAUUAUCGCAGCCUAAUAAUCCACAAACGAGACCACACUGGGGAGAGACCAGUCAAAUGUGACCAGUGUGGUAUGCGUUUUAAAAGUUCCAGCUCUCUGUGGCACCAUCGACAGAUUCACAAAGGAAAGAAAUCAAUCAAGUGCCACCACUGUCAGAAAUGGAGCAGCACAUAUGGCUCAAAUCCUCGCCGCUGUCAGCACUGUGGCAAUAAACCAUACCGCUGCGUCCGGUGUGGAAACACUUUCAGCCAGCUGUUAACCUUAAGAAGACACCAGAACAUGCACACUGGACACAAACUGAACUAUUGCAAAGAAUGUGGGAAAGGCUUCCCAACACUGGGUCUAUUAAAAUGCCACAAAGUUGUCCACAGUGGGGUUAAAGGUCAUGUCUGUGAUGUCUGUGGGUCAUCAUUCACCAAUGCAGGUAGUCUCCGAAGACACAAACGAAUUCACACAGGGGAGAAACCAUUCAAGUGUCGACAUUGUGAGAAAAGUUUCACAUCCUCAGGUCAUCGCACGCUUCAUGAACGUGGACACACUGGAGAAAAACCAUACUCCUGUGACGAGUGUGGGAAAAGCUUCAGACAUUCAAGAUCUUACCGCUUACAUCACCUCAUCCACACCAAAGAGAUAAUAAUUCCUUGUGAAGUUUGUGGAAAGAUAUUCAACUCCCUGUCUUCAUUUGAGUACCACGAACGUACCCACACUGGGGAGAAACCUUUUAAGUGCAAACACUGUGACAAAUCCUUUAUUUCAGCAUCUAUGCGCGCACGACAUGCACAUGUUCACGACAAAGAGCAACAGUAUGACUGUGACCAGUGCGACAAGAGUUUCAGGACUCACAAUUCCUACACCAGUCACAAGCGUAGCCACAUUGCAAAUAAGCAGUUUUAUUGUUACCAGUGCCCAAAAAUAUUUGCUUCAUCGCGAGGUCUGUGGAAACAUCAGGUCAAACAUGCUGAGCAGAAAUCAUUUCCUUCACUGGAUAAAAGGAAGUGCCUCGAAGCAUCUAGCCAGACUUAUGGUCUCAGACUUAAAACCCUCGAGAUCAGGUUGCACAGAAUAGAUAUAGAUUCCUGAGAUUUCAGUUAGUGUCACAUCUUGUGUACUGUCUGCCCCAGGGCAGCUGUGGCUAUAACUGUAGUUUGCCUCCACCAGUGUGUGAAUGUGUGUGUGAAUGGGUGGAUG